GUAGCAAUCAGUAAACCAUUACAAUACAACAACAUAAUGAACCCCAGGAUUUUAUCUGUUUUAAUAGCUAUAAGCUGGAUUUAUCCGAUGCUUUGUGUUGGUAUUGCUGGUAUAUUAAAUGCCAGACUCACGAUGUGUGGUAACAAACUGUGGAAGGUGUACUGUCACAACUGGGAAAUUGUCAAGCUUUCUUGUGCAAACACUAUUGUUAUUAAUGUUUUUGGCUUUUUCAUAGCGACCACAACUCUCAUCAUGCCUUUAAGUUUUAUAUUAUACUCUUAUGUUAAAAUCCUUAUCAUUUGUAGAAAAAGCUCACUAGAUUUCAGGAGAAAAGCAUAUCAAACUUGUAUUCCACACAUAGUGAUUCUCUUAAAUUUCUCAGUAGCUCUUUUUUGCGAGGUCACUUUGAGUCGGGUUGCAACUUUGGAACUCCCUAUAGGGCUGUCAAUCAUUCUUUCAUUAGAUUUUCUCAUCGUACCACCCAUCCUGAACCCUCUUGUUUAUGGUUUCAAUUUUCCUGAAAUUCGCAAAAAAAUUCAAUGGAUUAUAAAAGCUUGCAAACAGCUGUAA